AUGGUUGGUUGCUGUGGUAACGUCAAAAGAAGUGUACUGGUAGCUUGCUUGCUACAACAAAAAUACUAACAAUCAAAUUGAGCGGUUUGACACCUAUACAAAACACGAGGAUUUUGUGGUGAGAAGAGAAACCAGUGAAGAGAUGGCGAGCCAGAGGCCACCGUCAGGUAGACCGAUGAGUCGGGGGUCUCUAGUACCAGGGACUGGGAGACCUCCAACUACCAUCAGACCUCCACCCACAGCCAUUAGGGUCGGAACUGGGAUUGUUCCGGGUACUGGGCGUCCUGGAACCAGAGGAGGAGCCCUAGGGACCCCUGGUGUUCUCUCUGCUCAAAUUAAAGUGGCCGACCGGCCAGUCACCCAGCAGGGCCUGAGCGGCAUGAAGACUGGCAUGAAGGGACCUCAGAGGCAGAUUCUGGAUAAAUCCUACUACCUUGGCCUUCUCAGGAGUAAGAUCAAUGAACUGACAACAGAGACCAGCAAACUGCAGAAAGAGAUUGACACCUUCAAUCAGGAGAACUCUGUUUACCUCUCCUAUGAGAAAAGAGCAGAAGGACUUGCUGGUGAACUGAAGGAUCUACAGGGACAACUGGCAGAUUACAACAUGCUAGUAGACAAGUUGAACACCAACACUGAGAUGGAGGAUGUCAUAAAUGACUUCAAUAUGUUGAAAGCACAGAACGACCGAGAGGCUCAAAGUAUGGAUGUCAUAUUCACAGAAAGACGAGA